CGAGUGUGACACGUGAGACGUGUAGUAGGCAAGAGAUAGAGAUAAAAUCGCCGCCGCACCCAGCUCCGCAACGCGCACCUCCCUUUCCCCAACUCGAUCUCGCACCUAGGGUUUCGUCUCGUCGCUCUCGUCCUCCGCGAAGAUGCCGAAGAACAAGGGUAAGGGAGGCAAGAACCGGAAGCGAGGAAAGAACGAGGCUGACGACGACAAGCGCGAGCUCGUCUUCAAGGAAGACGGGCAGGAGUACGCGCAGGUGACCCGGAUGCUCGGCAACGGGCGGUGCGAGGCCAUCUGCGUCGAUGGCACGCGCCGCCUCUGCCAUAUCCGGGGUAAGAUGCACAAGAAGGUCUGGAUCGCGGCUGGGGACAUCGUCCUCGUCGGCCUCCGCGACUACCAGGACGACAAGGCCGACGUUAUCCUCAAGUACAUGAACGACGAGGCGCGCCUGCUCAAGGCCUACGGGGAGCUUCCUGACACGCUCAGGCUCAACGAGGGCGUCGACGUCGAUGGGCCCGAGGAAGGCGAGGAGGGCAGCGACUACAUCCAGUUCGAGGACGAGGACAUCGACAAGAUCUAAGAAAUCUGUUCCUGCUUACGGCUACCUGUAUUGUUACGUGACGUGUUCUUCUGCUUCUGCUUGCGGCUACCUUUAUUGUUACGUGACGUGUACUGGUAUGUUGUGGUAUGGUUUAGCCUGGGUUAUCUUGUAAAAGGAUCUGAAGUGGUUAAAUAAUCGUGGGUAAUUUCGUUUUUAA